CUUCUGUGAAAUGACAGUCCGCCAGCAGCUAGCACAGCGCAGCAGCGAGAAGGCAGAGAAUGCCCCAGGGCCCCUCAGUCCUGCUCCACCAACUGGAAGUCAGACACAGACCUGAGGACCCAGCGGAACAGUGACCACAGCGGGGUGGCCAUGCCGGUCUCUCAACCCACCGUUCGGCAGCAGCUGAACCCAGAGGUGGCGGCCAGGGCGUUCUGGGGAGGCCUCAGCCUGCUCCGAGUUUUGUGGUGCCUGCUUCCGCAGACAGGCUAUGUGCACCCUGAUGAGUUCUUCCAGUCGCCGGAGGUCAUGGCAGAGGAUGUCCUGGGAGUGCAGGCCACUCGGCCCUGGGAGUUCUACGCCAGCAGCUCCUGCCGCACAGCGGUCUUCCCACUGCUCACCUCAGGCUCUGCCUUCUGGGUACUCCGGCUCUGGGAGGAGCUGGGGCUAUGGCCAGGUCCUGUGAGUGGCUACACGCUGCUGGUCGGGCCCCGGCUCCUCCUCACAGCCCUGUCCUUUGCCCUGGACCGGGCCGUGUACCACCUGGCGCCGCAGUGGGGUGCAGAUCGCUGGCGAGCGCUGGCCCUGCUGUCCGGCUCCUAUGUCACACUGGUGUUCUACACCAGGACCUUCUCCAACGCUAUCGAGGGGCUUCUCUUCACGUGGCUGCUGGUGCUGGUGUCCCCUCAUGUGGCAUGGGGCCUCUCGCCCGGGAAACCUGCCUCAGGCCCAUGGUGGCACAGCUGGCUUCUUGGGGCUGUGGUGGCUGCUGGCUUCUUCAACCGGCCCACGUUCCUGGCCUUCGCACUGGUCCCCCUCCUCCUCUGGGGCCUGCGUGGAUCCCGGGAGCCCAGCUUCCAGUCCCUGGCCUGGGAGGCCCUGAUGCUCUUCCCCGGGGCAGCCCUGGCCACAGGGGCCUUUGUGGCCGUGGACAGCUGGUACUUCUCCAGCCUCUCCAGGUCUGGUAGCUUAGUCCUCACCCCCGCCAACUUCCUGCGUUACAACCUGGAUCCCAAGAACCUCGCCCAACAUGGCACACACGCGCGGCUCACUCACCUGGCCCUCAAUGGCUUCCUGCUCUUCGGGGUGCUGCACGCCCAGGCGCUGCAAGCCGCGUGGCAGCAGCUGCAAGCGGGCCUCCGGGCGUGGGCACAGGUGGGUCUUGUGAGGGUACAGGGGGCUUGGAACCUGCUGUCCAACCCCCGGGCAUCUCUCCUCCUCCUCUACUUUGUGCCCCUGGCCCUGCUGUCUGCCUUCAGCCACCAGGAGGCUCGGUUCCUCAUCCCCCUCCUCAUCCCCCUGGUUCUGCUGUGCAGCCCGCGGACCCACCCAGUCCCCUGGAAAGGCACCCUUGUCCUGUUCAAUGCCCUCGGUGCCCUCUUCUUCGGCUGUCUGCAUCAGGGAGGCCUGGUGCCCGGCCUGAGGGUCCUGGAGCAGGUGGUCCAUGCCCCUGUGCGCCCAGGCCUGCCAACCCACUACACGCUCCUCUUUGCACACACCUACAUGCCCCCCCAGCACCUUCUGCACCUCCCAGGCCUCGGGUCACCUGUGGAGGUGGUCGAUAUAGGUGGAAGCGAGGACUGGGUCCUGUGCCAAGCCGUGAAGAACUUCACCAAAAAGCCGGCUUGCCAGGUGGCUGGGGGGCCAUGGCUCUGCCGCCUCUUUGUGGUGAUGCCUGGGACCACCAGGCAUGUCAUGGAGAAAUGCAGCUUCCCCCUCAAGAAUGAGACACUCGUGUUUCCUCACCUGACCCUGGAAGAUCCCCCUGGCCUCUCCACCCUGCUGAGUGGGGCUUGGAAGAAUCACCUUAGCUUGCACAUAGUGGAACUGGAAGAGGUGUUUGACGGACAGCUGUAGAAAGCCCUCCAGCUGGGCUGGACAUGUGACAGGGCCCUGGUCCCCUGCACCCCCACUGCUACCUCUCCCAGGCAUGGCUACUGGGUGUUCUGCCUUCUGGGUGAGCCCAUGCUCUUCUCAGACACCACAGAUCAGAACUGCAACGUCCUGAUACUAAGGUCCCCAAAGCACCCUGGUGUAACCUAACCAAUGGCACCUAAUAUGUCCUACCCUAUUGCUUUCUGCCACUUUUUGUGUUUUAAAUACACAGUGGUACCUGGUUGUGAAAAAAAAGUCAAUAAACUGCCA